AUGGUCCAUUUUUCUUUCUCUCACAGGAUUUUUAUCAUAUGGGCUAUCAGCAGUUGGUUUCGCAGAGGCUCAUCACCCCAAGACCAAGCCACAUCCACCGGGGCUCCCCGGCCUCCAAGCCGAAAUCUUUUUCCUAAAGACACUUUAAUGGACCUCCAUGUGUUCUUGUCAGAGAAGGAACACUUCACAGAGUUUAACUCCACAGCUACUCUCUUCUGGGAGCAGAGGGACUUGGUGUACGGAGAUUGGAGCAGUGGUGUGAAUGGAGACGGCUGCUAUGAGCAGUACUCAGAUAUCAGUAUUCCAGAGGGAGUACAGAAUAAUGGCACCUAUUAUAUUCACGUAUAUCUGACAAAGAGUGGCUUCCACCCAGACCCCAGCCGGAAGGCCCUUUAUCGGAGGCUGGCCACUGUCCAUACAUCUCGCAUGCUUAAUAAAUACAAGCGCAAACGGUUCCUCAAGACCAAAAAUCUUCUGACUGGGGAGACGGAGGUUGAUCCAGAGAUAAUCAAGAGGGCUGAAGAUUUUGGACCAAUUGAAAUAAUUUCUCACUGGCAUCCGAAUAUAACAAUAAAUAUUGUUGAUGAUCACACUCCAUGGGUACAAGGAAGUGUACCGCCACCUCUAGACCAAUAUGUGAAGUUUGAUGCCGUGAGUGGUGACUACUACCCUAUUUUGUACUUUAACGAUUACUGGAAUCUGCAGAAAGAUUACAGCCCAGUAAAUUCUAGCGUGACCACACUACCAUUACGGGUUUCAUUCUGUCCCCUGUCCUUGUGGAGGUGGCAACUCUAUGCAUCUCAGAACUCUCGCAGUCCCUGGAACUUUCUGGGAGAAGACCUGUAUGAGCAGUCUGAUGAAGAGCAGGACUCUAUUAAGGUGGCUCUUCUAGAGACAAACCCAUAUCUCCUUGCUCUCACCAUAACCGUUUCCAUUGUACAUAGCAUCUUUGAGUUUUUGGCUUUUAAAAAUGAUAUCCAGUUUUGGAACAGUCGGCAGUCUUUGGAGGGUUUGUCUGUUCGAUCUGUCAUCUUUGGUGUCUUUCAGUCUCUAGUUGUUUUGCUUUACAUCUUGGACAAUGAGACCAACUUUGUGGUGCAGGUCAGCGUUGGCAUUGGUCUGCUUAUUGAUUUCUGGAAGAUCACCAAAGUCAUGGAUGUCAAGCUGGACAGAGAACGGAAGGUGGCUGGAAUCUUCCCCAGGGUGAUACUGAAGGACAAGUCCACAUAUGUAGAAUCCUCUACAAAAAUAUAUGACGACAUGGCAUUCCGGUACCUGUCCUGGAUCCUCUUCCCACUGCUGGGAUGCUAUGCAGUAUACAGUCUCCUGUACCUAGAGCACAAGGGAUGGUAUUCCUGGGUACUUAGUAUGCUGUAUGGCUUCCUCCUCACAUUUGGGUUUAUCACAAUGACUCCACAGUUGUUUAUUAACUACAAGCUGAAGUCAGUAGCCCACCUCCCAUGGAGGAUGUUAACAUACAAAGCUCUGAAUACCUUCAUUGAUGAUCUCUUUGCUUUCGUCAUCAAGAUGCCUAUGAUGUACAGGAUUGGGUGUCUGAGAGAUGAUGUGGUUUUCUUCUUCAUCUAUUUGUACCAACGCUGGAUUUAUAGAGUGGAUCCCACGCGAUUGAAUGAGUUUGGGACCAGUGGCGAGACACCUGCUUCUCUACCAGCCCAAGAUGGGUCAGCAAUCCUUCCCCCCUCUCCUGAAGACACAUCUCAACCCAAACCAGCAGAAGACAAAAAGAAAGACUGA